AUGCGCUUCUCCUUCGCAUCCCUUGCCGGGCUAGCCGCCUUGUGCCUACCAUCCGCCUUCGCCGAAGAUAUGAUCGUAUCAUCCUCCCUCAACUCGUGUUCAUCCGGCUCCAAUUUCACGGCUACGCUGUUCAACGUUGCCUACACUCCCAAGAAUAAUUCUGUAUCGGUCCAGCUGUCAGGUGUCUCGUCGCUGAACGGAAAUGUCACCGCCAAUAUUCAGCUCAUCGCCUACGGCUUUACUGCCCUCAAUCAGACCAUCAACCCUUGCGACAUGGGUCUGAUGGGUUUCUGCCCUCUGCAGUCCGGCCAGAUCCCUCCCAUUGACACAAACUUCGGUGUUGGCUCUGACAUCAAGAACCAAGUUCCUGGUAUCGCCUUCACUGUGCCUGACUUGGAUGGUGUCGUUCGUAUCUACGUCAAGGAUCGGGACACUGGCGCUGAGAUUGCCUGCAUGGAGGCGGAUAUUUCCAACACUAAAUCUGUUUAUCAUCCCGCCGUCGGAUGGACUACUGCUAUCAUUGCCGGCCUGGGUUUGAUUGCAUCAGGCGUCACAUCUGGACUGGGCCACACCAACACUGCUGCCCACGUUGCCGCUAAUGCUGUGUCUCUGUUUGGUCUCUUCCAGGCGCAGGCAAUUGUUGGUCUGACGGCUGUUCACAUGCCUCCGAUUGUGCAGUCGUGGACUCAGAAUUUCGCCUGGUCAAUGGGUAUCAUCCGCGUCGGCUUCCUUCAGACACUAGCCACUUGGUACCAACGUGCGACUGGUGGCACCCCUAGCACUUAUCUCUCUACCCUCAGCACCUACUCUGUUCAAGUGCAAAAGCGUGGUCUGUUCAUGCGCAGCCUGGACUACCUCAGCAAGCGCAGCGUCAAUCUAAUGAACCAUGCUGCAACCCACUCCAUCCGCGCUCUGUCUAAGCGCCAGCAAUCCGACGACGACAGGCCAGAAGACCACAUUGGUGAAGUCAAGGUCGUUCGCGGUAUCGAACGUGUCGGCUUCCGUGCCAAGAUUGAGCAGACCAACAUCUUCAUGACUGGUGUCAUCUUCUUCAUCUUCAUCCUUAUGUUGGUGGCCGUUCUCGUUGCUCUCGCCAAGGUCGUCCUUGAUGUGCUCGCCAAGCGUAACGCGAUCAAGGCCGACCGCUUCUCCGAAUUCCGUGCUGGCUGGAAGGUCGUCAUCAAGGGUAUCCUUUUCCGUCUGGUCCUUCUCGGUUACGUGCAGAUGUCCAUUCUCUGCUUGUGGGAGUUUGUCGCCCGCGACUCGGCCGCUGAGAUCGUCCUGGCUCUAGUCAUCUUCCUGUCCAUGUCUGGUGCUCUUGCCUGGGCAUCGUACAAGGUCAUCUCGCUUGCCCGCAAGUCCGUCGCUAUGCACAAGAACCCCGCGUACAUCCUCUACUCUGACCCACAGUGUCUUAACAAGUGGGGCUUCCUGUACGUCCAGUACAAGGCGACAGCUUACUACUUCGUCGUUGCGCUCUUGGGCUACAUCCUCUUCAAGGCUGUAUUCAUCGCAUUCGCGCAAUCUGCACCUGUUGCACAGGCCGUCGGGCUCCUCAUCAUUGAAGCCGUUGCUCUGAUCGCCAUAUGUGUGAUCAAGCCGUUCAUGGACAAGAAGACUAACAUCUUCAACAUCUGUAUCGCCGUGGUCAACUUCCUCAACGCCAUCUUUUUGCUCAUCUUCUCCGAUGCCUUUGGGCAACCACCCAUGGUCUCUGGCGUCAUGGGCGUCAUCUUCGCCUUCUACAACAUGAUCUUCGCCUUUGUGCUACUGAUCAUGGUCCUCGUUUCCUCGAUUUACGCCAUCACUUCCAAAAACCCCGAGACUCGCUACCAGCCAAUGCGUGAUGAUCGUGGCAGCUUCAUCAAAUCCCAGCAACAGCUGACGACUGAGUUGGACGCCUUGGGGGCCACUGCUCGUGGAACUGGCAAGGAGCCGUACGGCCAAGCUAAGAACCUGGAAGAUUCCGAGUCCAUGUCUACCGACUCGCUGCAGAAACCUGUCAACGACAUGAACGAGAAGAACGCAUAUGGCCAUGCUCAUGAGCAAUAUUAUCCAGCCGAUAAUGGCCAACGUGGCCCGGAUGUCUAUGCUCAGCGGCAGAUGAAUGCUCAGGGCUACAACAACGGUGGCGGCUACGGAUAUGGUGGACCUCGACCAGGAACUGCCCCUCAAAACCAGUCUUAUGACCGUAGCAUCAGCCCGCCUGACAGCUACGGCCCUCCUCGUUCCGCUCAUGGCGGAUACACCAACCCGAAUCAAUUCCGUCAGAACAACAACUCCAGCCCAUGGCAGCGCGGAGCAGGCUACGAUUAG